AGUUAACUCUCUUCAGGUGUGCCGCAACCUUGUUAGUUAGGAACAAGAACGCUGACUUCGAUGUGCCGAUCCAACAGCAAAUAUGUUUGCUUAAGUUGUGUGAUUCCUGUGUGUUGUUCUUUGUUUUACUUUUUGUCCUUGUAGGAGAAGCCUACGUUUUUUUUUUUUUUUUUUUUUUUUUAAUCCCAUCUCCAUGUUUUAGUCCAGAAGCCGUCUUUGUCCUUUUGGGUGGUUUCAUUUAAAAAGGACACAAUGAAGGAGGAGAUUGCUGCCACCGUGUUCUUCAUGGGCCGCCUGGCCAAGCGCUACGGACGUCUGGACAACGUUGGCCACGAGCGCUUCGCCGCCGCCCUCACGUCCGCCUUGUUUGAAAGUUACAAGAACCACUGGCACCCGAACGUGCCCACCAAAGGACAGGCCUACAGGUGUCUUCGAAUGAACAGGGUCCAACUACAGGAUCCAGUCCUUCAGAAGGUGUGCGAGCGCAGCGGGGUGCGCUACGAGGACCUGGGCCUGCCUCAGGAGAUCACAGUUUGGGUUGACCCAGGCGAGGUUUCGUGCAGGUAUGGCGAACAUAGCGUCCCCUUCUGCAUCUCCGUGCUGGACGGCACUCGGCAGGCCGACCGCCAGUUCUCCCGGCGGGUCCACGACGCUGUGGAGCGUGCCAGCUUGGACGUACCCUCGGAGAGCUCUUCAGAUGACGACGACAAGGAGGAAGAAGAUCGUGGUGUGGAUGCCAGCUGUGGCAGUCAGUCCGUCCUUUGCGCCAAACCCAAAACCAUCCCAACUGUUAGCAACCCCAACAGUGUCUACCGGUUCAGCGAGUUUGCUCCAGGCGCCCCCCAGACUUGGCUCACCUACCCCAAGAGGAAGCUCAUCAGCGGGGACUCCUUCCUGCCGCCUUCUAUGGCGCAGCAGCAGCUGUUGGGCUCCAAAGCUUUCGGUUCCUACCGGGCAACGUUCACCUUCACUGGGCCUCGUGUGGACAAGUACCACUGGGUCAGCCAUUCCCGCUCCUAGAACCUUUUUGGAUCCCUACCAAUACCUGGAAGGGCAAAAAAAAAAAAGUCUCGAGUGCAUUUUCUGCAUUUUUCACGGAUGUUUUUUUUCUGUAUGGUUUAAAAUUGGAUUUUUGUGUUGCUUUUUAAUGUCUUGACACAUUCAAGCACUUUUAAGUAAUUCUACCUGUUAAUGUUUUUAAACUUCAGCAACUGAGAAUAAAGUAACAUUGAGAACUGUCGGUGAAAAGAAAUAAACUUCUAUUUCAGCUCCAAA